UUCUAUUUCUCAAUGAAAUCCAUGUCAGAGAAUAUAAAUGGCAAAGAAAGAUCAUCACUGUAAAAAAAAAUUAGGGAUUGAUCAAAUUGAUUGAUUUGAUUACUGCACCAAUAAGAACCCUCUCUCACACCACUCUGCUACAUAUACAUACAUACAUUGCCCCCUUUUCUUCCUUCUUCUUCUUCCUCUCUCUCCCUGUUCAUUCACCAGUUGUGGAUUUGAUGGGGUCUGCUUCUGAGGUUCAUUUUUCUGGAUUUCACAUUGAUGAUGGAUUGGAGAGAAGAAAGGGUGGCGCCGAGCAACCGACUACUUCGGCAACUGACAUGUAUAAACAGCCUUUUGUCAUAGGUGUUGCUGGGGGAGCAGCGUCUGGCAAGACAGCAGUUUGUGAUAUGAUUAUUCAACAGCUUCAUGAUCAAAGAGUUGUACUUGUUAAUCAGGAUUCUUUUUACCAUAGUUUGACUGAGGAGGAACUUACAAGAGUACAAGAUUACAACUUUGAUCAUCCUGAAGCUUUUGAUACUCAACAAUUGCUAUGCGUCCUGGACAAGUUGAAGCGUGGCCAAGCAGUAGAUAUACCGAAGUAUGACUUCAAGGGUUAUAAGAAUGAUGUGUUUCCAGCAAGAAGGUUAAACCCUGCGGAUGUAAUAAUUUUGGAAGGCAUCCUGGUUUUCCAUGAUCCUCGUGUCCGAGCAUUGAUGAAUAUGAAGAUAUUUGUUGACACAGAUGCUGAUGUUCGUCUGGCAAGAAGGAUUAAGCGUGAUACAGCUGUGAAUUCUCGCGAUAUUGGAGCGGUCCUUGAUCAGUAUUCUAAAUUUGUGAAGCCAGCUUUUGAUGACUUUAUCCUUCCAACAAAGAAGUAUGCAGAUAUCAUUAUACCCCGUGGAGGAGAUAAUCAUGUGGCUAUUGAUUUGAUUGUACAACACAUUCGUACAAAGCUUGGUCAGCAUGACCUGUGUAAAAUAUAUCCUAAUUUAUAUGUCAUUCAGUCUACUUUUCAGAUACGGGGUAUGCAUACCCUGAUACGUGAUUCUCAGACAACGAAGCAUGACUUUGUAUUUUAUGCUGACCGUUUGAUUCGUUUGGUUGUAGAACAUGGGCUCGGGCAUCUUCCAUUUACAGAAAAACAAGUAAUCACCCCUACUGGGUCUGUAUACAGUGGUGUGGAUUUUUGUAAGAGAUUGUGUGGUGUCUCCAUCAUCAGGAGUGGGGAAAGCAUGGAAAAUGCUUUACGAGCCUGCUGCAAAGGUAUCAAGAUUGGGAAAAUUCUUAUUCAUAGAGAAGGUGACAAUGGUCAGCAGCUAAUAUAUGAGAAGUUGCCUAAUGACAUCUCAGAUAGGCAUGUGUUACUGUUGGAUCCCAUCUUAGGAACAGGUAAUUCGGCUGUUCAAGCAAUUUCUUUACUUCUACAGAAGGGUGUACCUGAGUCCAACAUUAUAUUUCUCAAUCUCAUAUCUGCACCUCAAGGUUUGCAUAUGGUCUGCAAAAGCUUUCCGAGGAUAAAAAUUGUGACAUCUGAGAUUGACACCGGUUUGAAUGAAGAUUUCCGCGUCGUACCUGGGAUGGGUGAGUUUGGGGAUAGGUACUUUGGAACAGAUGAUGAUGACCAGCUGGUGGUGGCUCCUUCUCAGCAGUGAAACUUGAGCAGGAUCCAACAUAUUUUUGGCUGAUCAUUGUAAACGUGAUUUGGACUGGAAAGAAAAGUUGAACAUUGCUGAAUUAAGACUCUGCUGGGUCUUGAGUUAUAGUUUUAAUUCAAUUUUGAUCAUAACCCAUGUUUUGUUUUACAAACGGAAGCAUAAUGGAAAUGCUCCAAUGCAAAUUUUAUCUUUUAUUAUUAUACCAGAAUUUUUGUUUGAAUUCAUUCUUUGCUGAAACGGGCUUAUCAUAAUACAUGUUCACUGAGCCCCGAGAUUUUGACUUUAUAUAUAGAAAUGAAUAUACAAAAGCUCUUGAAUUUAUUUUA